GCCAACUAAGUAACUAACAUUGAGAGCAGUGUCAAGUUCGAAGUUGGUCUAAAGUUUGAAAAAAGCGUGCUGUCCCUGCAAGGGGCUCUGCAAAGAUGAACAACGUGCGGUCGAGCAGCGGAAAACACCGCGGUUGUCUCCUACUGUGUGCUACUUUGGCAGUCGCAUUCUCCACUUAUAUUGAUCAGGUGGAAAGUUUGCCAGCAGAUCCUGACAGUCAAUGGCCCACAUUCCCGAGAAGAAAUAUCGCAGCAUUAGCCAGAGAUGGUUACUUGAGAAGUUCUAGUUCUAAAGCAUACAAACGAGGCAUUUCUACGCUUGCUAAAAAUGGUUUACUACCAACGUACAGGUCUCCGUAUGUAGAAGCAGAUAAGCAAGAUCAAGAUCAAGAUGAAUCUCAAGAAAAAAGAAAUGUAGCUUCGAUUGCAAGGCUCCGCAGUUAUGCAGCCAUGAAGAGGAACAUUCAAGCUCUUGCUAGAGACGGCUACCGCGUAGGUCGAGGACAGUAUAAUCCUUCUAAUGACAAACGCAAUAUUGCGGCUUUGGCUCGCAAUGGUCUGCUUCACAAGAAGGACGAAGCGAAUGAAGAAGAAUACUAUUUCCCCUUCUACCAAAAUCCUAUUGCUCCUUUAUCUGAAAUUGAUCAUCCAUUAGAUGUCAAUGAAAUGUUUGAUUUCCAACAAUCGGUGAAUCCAGACAUGUUUCCAUCAAUGUCUCAAGUGUUCAAGCGUACUCCUUUUGAUCCAUACUACGACUACUACAACCAGAAAGAAUACGACAACUCGUAUUUUAAGAGGAGCUUCGCCGGUAGUCCAAUUCAUGGACUUUACAGACCUAACUACUUUGAACCAACUACUAGGACCAAACGCUACGUGAUGCCCUACCCUGAUCCUAUAGAAGGAGACGAAGGGAUCGAGCAAAAUGAUAUUGAGGGAGAGAAACGUUCCGUAGAUGAUGACGAUGAAGUUCGCGAAAAUUUUGAGAAACGUCAUAUUGGCUCUCUUGCUCGGUUAGGUUUAUUGCCCUCGUUUAGGUACUCAGGAGGACGUUACAGUAGAUCAGGACGAGCCAGGUUGUUGUUACCUAGCCAGGAAUUAUACAGGAAGCAUUCCGCUGACGAGAAUUUCGGAAUUAGGGAAUAUCGGUCUAGUUCCGAAGCUGACACAGCAAUCGAUUCAGACGACGCCGACAUACCGGCGGCGCCAGUACCUCCUCACUCGCACCCGACCGGUCGGAUCCUCCGCCAACCGCUAAACAACGACCUUCCGCACUCCAGCCCUCUGCCGCUACCACCGAUCGCACCACCCAACUACGUCGAGCCAUUCGCCAAGAACCGCUGGCAGUCCUACACUAAGGAGACGCCCAAGUUUUACUACUUCAGGUCGCUUAAAGUUCCAUACCACGUGUCUGGCAAGAGGUAUUUGUUGCUCCCAGCCGUUGAUAACAUCCUGCUCCGGAAAGGCUACCGCAACAGCAGCCUACCAAGCCGUCGUAAGAAUCAGUAGCUAUGCCAGUGCCCGCUAGGCGACGCCACGCUCUACAGCUCAGGCUACCCUAGCGAAUGAACUUUGAGGUGCAUUCAGUGUGCCGGCUUUUCGGUCAUGUUUUCAUUCAAUUCCAAGGAUAUGAUAGAUUGUAUUUUGGAAUCUAAAAAGUGGUUAGCAUGAAAAAUUGAAGUUUUACCAAUUGCUUUUUGGAACUGGAUGAAAUCGUGAUCUUGAUUUUUUCUCAUGUCGUUGUCAAGACGUAGGGAACACGGAUUAAUGAUAUAAAUCAGACAAUAAUUCUGAACAAUAUAAUAUACCUAACUGUUUGUAUUUCAUAUAUGUUAAAUGUUGUGAUUAUUAGUUUAAAUGACUUUAAUGGUAAGUUAAUUUUAAGCGAUCUCAUUUUUACAACAAACGACUUUGGCCAGCUUAAGACAGAUAUCGUACUCCUAACUUUAAUUAUAGAUUUUUAAGAUGUCAAUCGCAAAUAUAUAAAAUUAUACUAGAGAUUAAAGAUUUGUGUUAAAGAUUAUAUCAAUAUACUGAAAUUAUACAAAUAUUCUUCUAGGUAUAGCAAACAUACAAAAAUUGUGGGUUGAAAGAGGAAGUUCGUAGAUAGAUUUGAAAUAUAUUUUGGGAGAAACAGUGCAGGUUAAGGAAUACGUUGGGCAUUGAAUGUUAUCGUAUUGAAAAAAAAAAAGUCAUAUCUUUGAUGUAUCUUUAAAUAUCAACUAUUGAAUAGGGUUAACUAGCUGUGUUUGACAAAUAAUUGAUAAUAUUCUCGAAAUUUCUUAGAACAUUAUUUAUUAUCAAGCUUAAGCUUUAAAACGAAAGGAUCAAUGUUUUGAAUAUUUUAGCGUGAAGUAAAGAAAUGUUCGCUGAAAAUGUAUCAGCGGAUAUGGUAGGACAGAUUUGGAAAAUCGACAAUAAAUGAAUUAUGUGUGACCAUAAUAAUAUGAUAAUAAUUUUUAAAUUAUAUCUGUAGUCGGUAGGUUUUAUCUUCAAUUUUUAUGAUAUAUCUGAUAUCAAUCAACAUAUUUUUAAAACGAAUAUUGUAACUGAUGAUACUCAUUGAAUUUAGUAAUGUGUUAUUGUAAAUAAAG